CUUCCUCGUUUGCACACCAGUUUCAUUUCUCGCAGUCGCACGUUAACACGUCAACUCCCCAAAAAUGUUGCUUCACUUUAGUCUGACACUUUUUUUGGUUUCCUUCGGAGCUUGCGCGGAAAUUGAAAUCUACAACCAGGCCGAUUUUUUUGAUACCAAUGCAAAAGCUGUGGGAAUCAAUCAGACCGUUUGCGCGUCGCAAAAAUUUGAAUCUACUGUUUUGAAAUGCUGCAACACGCCGCUACCGUCUUUGCUGGGUUCAGCUCUCAUUCCUCGUUCUUGCAUCAAAAAGUACGGCUCCGCCGCAAUGAUUGACUGGCUCAACUCGUACAACAUAAAUUCUCUGCAAGCAAAAGCCGAUAAUUCAGUUACCUUGACCUCAAAGAUUAUUAAAACUUUGUGCAAACCAGCAUUAUUUGCGGAGUGCGUCUUUAAAGCAAAUUCUUGGCUGAAUGCUGAUGCAACUAUUAAUGUUAAUGCUUUCAAAAAAUCUGUGACGGCGGGUAAAAGUGCCACUUGGGUCACAACCUUAGAGGGCAUACUGAAUCCAGUCAAUGUUGAUAACUAUUUCAAUGCGUAUCCAGUGACGGACAUUAUCGUCGACGAUUACGAGACGCUAUCCUGCUCUGGCACUGACGUGAAUUCCGUGCCUUUGAUGUUCAUGCAGCUGAUUCAGUCGGAGAUUUUAUGGAUGUGCCCUGAGCAGAAAACUUUCACAAAUCAAAACCAGUGCAUGACAAGUCUCAGGAGGUUCCAAUUCUGCGAUGGAAAAAUUUUUGAAAACACUGGUCUCGGGGUGUUCUUUUUUUCAACUGUUUAAAUCAGUGUUUGGAAUUAUUUUGUUCAAAAAAUGUUUUAUAAAAACAUCAAAUUAUGUAAUUUUUUCCUUGCAAUAAAGAAAUGAGAGCAAUUAAAUACAG